CGCCGGUCUAUAUGGCGGCGGCUCUGUCGGGCCUGGCUGUCCGCCUUUCGCGCUCGGCCGCCGCCCGCUCCUAUGGGGUCUUCUGCAAGGGGCUGACCCGCACGCUGCUCAUCUUUUUCGACCUGGCCUGGCGGCUGCGCAUCAACUUCCCCUACCUCUACAUCGUGGCUUCCAUGAUGCUCAACGUCCGCCUGCAGGUUCAUAUUGAGAUCCAUUGAAGGCCUUCCGCUGACUGACAGAGGCGUGUCGUCAGGCUCACCACAUCAGAGAACACACAGCAUGAGGGACAGAGUGGGAGCCCUGGGCACCUGCCUCAGGAAGGUGAAGGGGGCGGGAGAGGACUCAGACAGGCUGCUGUAUGGACUUGAAAGAGCACAGGGGGAGAGCCUUUGCCCGACAGAUACACCUUCCUCCUCCUUUAUGCAAAUACCUGCGGUUGAUGUGGAUGGAAAUUCACAAAAGGAGGAGUUGUCAAUGGAAAUGAAAAAUGCUCCGAGCGAGGCCAGCCUCUUGCUUCACAGCAGCAACAAAGUGCUUCUGUGUCUGAAAGAAUCAUUAAGAAGAAAUUCAGCUUCCGUGGUGGGUCAGAGCAAGACUGUGCAUGUGUUCUGUGCUCUUGCAGAAGAGAGUUUUGCUGGGGUGUCCUGCGGAGUGGGGGAUGCUCUGGUGAGGCACUGGCUGGGAGGAGGGCCCAGGGCCACCGACAGCCAUGGAGGAUGGUGCCGCCCAGGAGAGCCUUGGGCGUCAGGACUACCGUGCUCUCAGAAGCGAUCAGAAAUGGGGAUCUCUGAGGAGGAACCGCCAAGUGCUCUUUUAGAGGGGCUAGGCUUUGAGUUGGAACUGUCUGGCCUGCAUUUCGUCCUGUCUACACUGCUGCACGCAUGCCCCAAAGUUUUCCUGAAUGAUGAGACAAAAUGUGUUUUCCUUGGCCACCCAGAGCCCCUGUUUUCAGAGCAAACGGUAGAAUACAAGAAAAUGCUUUCAAGUAUAAAAAGUACCUCAAACGAUCUGCAAAUAAUACUGGGGUUACUGGCUCUACCAGCUUUUGAAGUAGCAAAUCCGUUACGCCAUAGUUAAGGUACAAGCCGAACAAUAAAAAUAGUGAGAUUAAUUUUAAAAGUUGUCUUAGAAUGAUUUCUUUCACACUGAGUCUGGAUGCGCACGGGGCAGCCGUGAAGUUCCUGCUUCAGUUUGUAUGAUCAGACAAACUUUAAGUGGAAUUUAAACUCAUGGGAAGUUGGUUGAUGUGACAGGAGAGUUUUGAACAUGUUUUAACCCGUGCUUGAAAGACAUUCAGUAUUGGGAUACCAUUUCAAGGAGAACAUUCAUAGAUCCUAUAUAAAUGUCAGGUUACAACGUAAAGAUGUAAUAACAUUCUUUAUCUUCAACGCUCAUUCUAAAGGGCUACCGUCCCAGAUACUGUCUCCUCAGACUGAUCAUCGGGUGGAAGUGGCCGUUUGUUCAUAUCAGCCCUUCCCUACCUGCUCUUGGCCCUGCCACCAUUUCUGCAUUCUGUAGAAUAAUUUGGGUAUGCAGCAAAGUUUUAUUUUUCUCAAAUUUUCCUUCCCCUUGAAAUGCAGUUUAAAUGGAGGCCCUACGGUGAAAGUUGCAAUAUUCAGUGUCCUUUUAGUAUAAUCCUUAAACUAGGAGCCCUGGCAGUGUCGCCUGAAAUAGAAAUGACCUUGAGACCAUCUGCGGUAGCUCCAUUAGGGGGAGACAGACCUUGUACUGCCCCGGUAGAAACUUUCCAGUUUCCAGGAGCGGAGGUAUCUCUUACACUAACAUUUUUUCUGAGGUAACCCCUCUGGUGGUUGAGAACUCUGGUAAAGGUCCCUUUAGAGUGUGAGUUUUUCAGGAGUCCCAAAGUAAGACUUAACCAGUUUCGGAGUUACUGGUUGCCUCUCUCCGUUUGUGUGCUAACUUGCUAUGCCGUGUGCUAUUUUAGUGUUUGGGGAAAAUGAAAAAUAAAACAUGUUAUUUAGCAUAAUAAAUGUCUUCUUUUACAUGUGCA